AGGUCAUUUCAUCUUUCUUACAUUAUUUACACAAUGGACAUGUAAAAUCCAAGUAUGUUGUUUAAACUAAAUAAAUCGAGACCGAGACAGAUCCUGGACAGGCUUGAGGUCACAGGUCAGUGACGUCAUGGCCAAGAUGGCGGCCUCCAUGGUGGAGAGUGGAGAAGAUGCAUUCAGAAAAAUAUUCAAGUUUUAUAGGAGAAGAAACCCGCCGCCGGAUUUCAGCGAUGUCAUCGACUUCUCCAAAGGUGUUCCGAGUGACAAGAUAGUCCCAGCUGAAUUGGACCCUGCUGCAGUGAGUGACGUGGAGGCUGCCAGGGUUGGAUUACAGCCUGUCAGAGACUGGAGAGCCCACGGCCUGCACGGCUACCCAGGAUUCAUCUUCAUCUCCAACCCGUUCCUGCGGGGCUCCCAACCCCCCUGGGUCAGACAGUGUCUGAAGACCUACCCCCAGAAACCCAACGUCUGCAACCUGGACAUGCACAUGUCUCCCUCUGACACCCAGGACAUCUGGGACAAGAGUGUCCAGGGCCUCAGGCGUCCCAGCUCUGGAAAGAGAGAACCAAAGACUCUCCUGGAGAGACUGCGCUGGGUCACUCUAGGCUAUCAUUACAACUGGGAUACCAAGACUUACUCGGCCAACCAUUACACUCCUUUCCCAGCUGAUCUCCACUUGCUGUCGCUCCAUGUAACAGCCGCCUGUGGGUUCCCAGGGUUCAACGCAGAAGCUGGAAUCCUCAACUAUUACCGAUCCGAUUCCUCUCUGGGAAUCCACGUGGAUGAAUCUGAACUAGAUCACAGCCGACCACUGCUGUCAUUCAGUUUUGGCCAAUCAGCCAUCUUCCUCCUGGGUGGCACCUGCAGACAGGACCCCCCCACCGCUAUGUUCAUGCACAGUGGGGACAUGAUGGUGAUGUCUGGACAGAGCCGCCUCCUGUACCACGCUGUUCCCCGCAUCCUCCCAGCGCCCCAGGGACAUCCAGCUUCAGAGAUGGAAGGCUGCAGCCUGGGCUCACCCCUGCAGGACAGCACUGUGGUGCAGCCGGUGUCAGAGGAGGACUGGGCGGUGUGCUCCAGGUACAUUCAGAGCUCCAGAGUGAAUGUGACUGUCAGACAGGUGCUGGGGCCUGGGCAGAGCUUCCCACAAACACUCUCUUCUCACCAAAGGACUGAUUCAGGACAGCCAGGAGGGUACCAUGAUGACCCAGACGGUGGAGAGACAGGGAAAAGGAAGAGGAGUAGCUGUGACUCUCCUGAUACCGUGGAGACAUGACACAGACCCCCUGCUGUGACACUCGUUGCGAGACAUGACGCAGCAUCUCAGACCUGAGUCCUCCUUUGCAGUCCUAUUGAAUUACUUGUCACUUUGCUGAAAUGCAGAAGCCACUCGAGUCAUAUGUGGUGUUAACGCUGGGUCAGUUGUUAACAUUUGUAAAUACAGUGGUUUACUUACUUAGAACAGGAAGGUCCAACCACCUUCUACUGGCCUGUUUCGGGCAGCAAACAGAACCCACAAGAAGGUAGCAAAACCAAAGUGUAGUCAAGCCCUUAAACUUUAUAUUAAUUUAUUAUGAAAAUACCCAAAUUAGCAAAAACAACUUACAUUUGGGGAAGUGGGUACAAAAUCCAGAAUCUAUUUCUUCUGUUAAAUAAACAUCAUCAUGAAGAA